CUUGCAAUUAAACAGCACAGCGAAAACGGAGCGAAAUUUCAACGAAAAUUCAAACAAGCAAAGGCAAAAUUAUAAGCCAGUGGAGUAAUAUCUACUAUAUAAAACUUAGCCAACGGCAAUUGCACGUAAGUUGCAACAAAUUUUUUGAGGCACAAGCACAAGUGGCAAGACAUUGUCGAAAGCGUUGCCAGAUUGCCGCUCACGAAACGUGUAAAUUAAGCCAACAACAUCAGCACCACCAACACCAAGAAUAGGAACGUCAACAAUAGCCGUCGGCUCUUUGCCUAACACACACACACACUAACAAAGCUUCAAGUGUGCGACAGUCCGUCUGUUAGUGGAGCGUGUGAGCGUGAACGUCUGUCGCUAGAUGGCGCAACGUGCUGGCAUGCACAACUACUGAAAAGUUCGUGCCGCUGGAAAUCCUGUUGCUAAUUAGGUGGCACGUGUCUCGGCGGCAAACAGGUUGCCAAGGGCCCGCAAGUUGGACAUUUUGCAGUUGAGCUGGCUUGAAAUACUUUUGAUGUCAUAACAUGGGCUGUGCCUGCGAAGCGGCCCGAGCAGAGCAGCGCAAGCCAAGAACAAAGCAAAAACCAAAUCAAUGCGAUCCUACAACAAAUGUAAUAACAACAAACACAACCCCAACUACAACUACAAAUACAAAUACAGUUACAACAAUAAAGGCGGCUGAGUGUUGUAACAGCAAAUGUAAGCAGCGCUACGAGGGUAUCAAAAUCAAGGAUAACUAUCAACAAAAUCAUAAAACGCAAAGAAUACAAACGACAACUACAAACCUAAAAGCGCCAACGCAAGCUCAAGUGCUUUUAACGUCGUCGCAGCAGCAGCAGCAACAACAGCCGCGCGUUGAAGUGGCGCACAAGGACGUGCAGGAGGCGUUGGCAACGCACGAAAUAGCGACAAUCGAUACGUCGACGUCGACGUCAACGCCGUCGCUGCCUCUGACGCUGACGCUGCCGACGACAAAGUCACCAGCAAACAAUUUGCAAAUAACUUGUGCAAAUUGCUACACAAACAGAGAGUUGAAAAUAAAGCAGCCAACGUGCGACUGCAAAAAGGAGGCGGAGGGGGAGUGGGAGAGGGAGGGGGAGAAGGACGAAGAAGACAAAGUCUGUUCUUCACAUGAUGAGCGGCGAAAGCGGCAUCGGAUUCGUAAUUGGAAUCGGUCCGCCAGCACAACAGCCGCACGCAGCAUGGCUGCCACAAUGGCGGCCGCCAGCAUCGGUGGUGGCUUCAGCAGCCUCCACGAGAUGUUGCUGCAUGCGCGAGCCACCCUAGCGGUGCAAUUGUCGCAAGGCAAUCCCUAG